UCUUCUCCAGGAACACCUUACAGGCACUCGCAGCCACCCAUACGCCCCCCCAGACACACAUCGUUAGGAGCGCUGCACAAGCACCCGCAAGCCAUGCUGCUCUGCUCGGCCAGUCUCUGCUGCGCCCAGAAUGUCACCCACCUGGACGACAGCCAGGAGGCCCUCAAAGUGGAGGCGUUACUCCAGGCGUCAUCCAGCACUUCGACCACUGCCCAGCCGCCAAGCAGCUCCACUGCUCCCCUGACCAAAGCCAAGGCCAAGCAGGCCCAUGAAAUUGAAGAGGAUGAUAAUAACUUCUCGAACGAUCGGCUGCCGCAGUUGACGGACGAUGAGUACAGCAGCCUGGGGGAGGAUGCCAAUCCCUUGCAUUUUCUUAAGCAGCAGCCGCCACAGCAGCAGCAGCAGCCCAAGCCUGAACCUGUGGUUAUGGCCCCCCAAUCGAGUGCCUCUUCCAUUUACAUUACCAUCCCCAUAUACAUCAAUACGGCCGGCAAAGUGCCCCUCACUCUGACCAUUGGCGACCAGCAGAUGUCCCUCAAUCCGCAGAGAAAGGCAGCCCCAGUGGCGGCAGCGAACAAGAAGAGUCCCCAUACGAAGGCGCCCAAUUCCCAUUUCAAUCGUUUGCUGCAACAAAUCGAGACGAGUCCCAAGCGACGGACCACCAACCGGCAUCGCAGUCAGCUGAAGAGCAAUAUCUAUGCGGCAAAGGAGCGUCCGGAUCGACACGCUUCCAUCUACUAA